AUGGAUAAGAUACCUUAUGCAAGCAUAAUUGGGAGCAUCAUGUACACUAUGGUUUGCACAAGACCAGAUCUCAGCCAUGCUAUAAGUAUGGUGAGCAGAUUUAUGGCUGACCCGAGCAUUGAACAUUGGCAAGCUUUGAAGUGGAUUUUGAGAUACUUGAGAAGGACCACUGAGUAUGGGAUAUUGUUCAAGAGAAAGCAAAGUGAAGGUAGAGACCAGUUGAUAGGGUUCUCUGACUCAGAUUAUGCAGUGAGCUAUGGCACAAGAAAGUCACAGUCAGGAUAUAUGUUUACUUUGAAUGGAGCUGCAGUAAGUUGGAAAUCUUGCUUGCAAUCUGUGGUGACUCUUUCUACUACAAAAGCAGAGUAUAUAGCACUUGCUGAAGCAGUGAAGGAAUCAUUUUGGCUCAAAGGGAUUCUUAGAGAUUUUGGAGUUAAUCAAGAAUCAGUGGAGAUCAAAUGUGACCGUGCUAGUGCAAUUUGUUUGACUAAGCACCAGACUUUCCAUGAGAGGAGUAAGCAUGUGGAUGUGAGACUUCAUUUUAUCAGGGAUGAAGUUAAUAAAGGAUCUGUGAGAGUAAGUAAGGUAUCUGACAAUGCAUCAGAUAUGCUCACUAAAGUCAUUCCCAGGACCAAGCUGAAGUAUUGCUUGGAGUUGAUAGGCUUGAGGCAGAAAUGA